AAAACCAACAAAAUAAUCGUUUUGUUUUUCAUUCAAGACUUCAGUAGCUUUGUGGCUCGGACCAGCACUUGUGGAGAGCUGCGUUCUGCUCACGUGGGCCGAAAGGUCACGCUGUGUGGAUGGAUUCAAUACCAAAGACAGGGCCUUUUUCUGGUUUUGAGGGAUUUCCAGGGACUGACCCAGAUCAUCAUUCCACAGGAUGAGGCACGUUCCCAUGUGAAGAAGCUCUUGUCCAGUGCCCCAGUGGAAUCUGUUGUGCGAGUGACUGGGAUUGUGUCCCCUCGGCCCCCAGGGCAGGAGAAUCCGAAAAUGCCAACAGGGGACAUUGAAGUGAAGGUGGAGACUGCAGAGGUCCUAAACUCCUGCAAGAAGCUGCCUUUUGAAAUCAAGGAUUUUAUCAAGAAGUCAGAGGCCUUACGCAUGCAGUAUCGCUACUUGGACUUGCGCAGCUUUCAGUUACAGUAUAACCUGCGGCUGAGAUCACGGAUAGUGAUGAGGAUGCGGGAAUAUCUCUGUAAUCUCCAUGGGUUUGUGGAUGUAGAGACUCCAACGCUCUUUAAGAGAACCCCAGGGGGGGCAAAAGAAUUCCUUGUGCCCUCGAGGGAAGCGGGGAAGUUCUACUGUCUGCCGCAGAGUCCUCAGCAGUUCAAGCAGCUCCUCAUGGUUGGCGGCCUGGACAGGUACUUUCAGGUUGCUCGCUGCUAUCGAGAUGAAGGUUCAAGGCCUGACAGACAGCCUGAAUUCACUCAGAUCGAUAUAGAGAUGUCAUUUGUAGAUCAAGGUGGGAUCCAGAGGCUAAUAGAGGGCCUCCUGCAAUAUUCCUGGCCUGAGGAGAGAGGCCCCAUUACCACUCCUUUCCCUUCCAUGACAUAUGAGGAGGCACUGGCUGACUAUGGGACUGAUAAACCAGACACUCGCUUUGGCAUGAAGAUAGUGGAUAUCAGUGAUUUUUCACGAAGCUUGGAUGUUCGCUUUGUGCAGAAUGUGCUCAGUUACCCACACGGCACUGUCAAAGCCGUUUGCAUCCCUCAGGGGAUGAGAUAUCUUAAAAAUAAAGAUAUCGAGUCAUUAAAGGAGGCUGCCAAAUCCCAAUUUAACCAGGAAAUUGUGGACGUUAUCUGCAGGCCUGAUGGAAGCUUGAAGUCUCUGCUUACCAAGUUUCUUGGCCAGGAGCAGCAGUCACAGCUCAUCCAGGUGCUGAACAUGCAGGGGGACGAUGUGGUACUGCUGGCAGCUGGAGAACACAAGCGAGCGGUAGGAGAGUUGAAUGUUGCUGAUGAUGGCUUUGAUGUUAUCUGGCCUUGCCCUAGUGAACUGGAAUCAGCUCAUCAUCCCUUCACUGCCCCUCAUCCUUCAGAUACCAGCCUCCUCUAUUCUGAUCCCACAAAGGUCCGUAGCCAGCACUAUGACCUCGUGCUAAAUGGCAAUGAAGUUGGAGGUGGCUCCAUCCGAAUUCACAAUGCAGAGCUACAGCGUUUUGUGCUUGAGAAAGUGCUGAAGGAGGACUCUGAGGUGCUUUCCCAUCUACUUGAUGCUUUGGAGUUCGGAGCGCCUCCUCAUGGAGGAAUCGCUUUAGGACUUGACAGGCUGAUCUCUCUCAUCAUUGGCACUCCAAGUAUCCGAGAUGUCAUCGCUUUUCCCAAAUCCUUCAGGGGACGGGACCUGAUGGGCAAUGCUCCGGACUAUGUCACUCCAGAAGAGCUAGAGCCAUAUCACAUCCAGGUUUCCUGGCCUGUUGCAGAAGCAGAGGCAAAGAAAAACUGACUUCAAGCCAGUGACGUGAGAAGGAAGAGGUGCCAGUUCUUUACGACCCCUGACCGGUCAAGGAAGUGACGAGAAAUCAGUGACAGCUUAGCAGGAUUGGCAGUUUUGCGUGAAUUCUACCUCCUGCAAACCUGCAGCUACAGCAGUGAGUGAUGCAACAGCAAGCCCCUUGCAAGCAACCAUCUAUUCUGUCUCUGUCCCAGAGCAGUGAAGCCACAGUGUAGAAGCAACAUUGUACUGAGUGGACUGUGAGCCCUUGCAGCACUCUGCUAGGCCAAGCUGCUUGGCUCUGCCCUCUGCUUUGCAGUACAGCAAGCCCUCUGCAAAGGUGCUGCCGGUAGAUGUUCUUAACUCGUGUUGCAUGUAGAUGGGAAUAAGCAGAGAACUGGAGAGAGGGAAGGAGGAAGGCAAAGCAGGUGAGGAAAAGAAAAGCAUGAGAUCACCUGAAUAAGCUAGGAAGCUGGAGCACAGAAAGAGAAGGGAGAGUCACGAUGUCCUAGCUAGGCAGGGCAGUAGGAGGGAGGCAUUUGCCGGAGAAAACGCAUGGCGAUGUGGUUAGAAGAAUGCCUGCAAUUCUUGUCUGAGCUGAUACUGAACUCUGGCCUUCUACAGGAGAUCCCAUCUUGCAGGUUCUAGCUGAGGCUGCUCCGAGGAUUAUAACAAAUACCAACUCCGCGUUGCUGGAAAACAUUACUCGGUAGUGCAGACUGUUGGUGUUUUUUAAAUUCUGGACUGUCCUAUUGAUGAGAACCAGUAAGGGAUGCAGCUCUUCUCCUUAACGUUUUUGUUGUUGUUUUGGGGUUUUUUUUGGAGUGCUUUGAAAUACAGGUUGAAAGUACCAUCCAUAGACAACAGUAGAACCGACUUGCUGUCUUCUCUUUAGAUUUGAAGACGCCGGAGGUAUGUGUGCAAAAUCCUUCCUCAUCUCAUGAUUGUUAUCAUCAGUCUCGGAGCAUGGUUAAAUCCUCUUUAACAACAAAAAAAGACAAAGCAAGGAAAAAGCCCCCUAGAUUUGUGUUUAUAUUCUUUCUUGUCAAACACUUAUCUCGGUGAAUUCUCAAUUUUUUUUUUUUUUUUUUUUUUAACUCUGAGACAUUCUUGUUUUACAUCUCCCUCCAACACUCAGAGGCGACUGCAGGAUUUUGCUGAAACAUCACUUUGUGUGCUAAAGGUAGCUUAAGAAGUUUGGUGAUGUGACUGCUUGUAUGGCUGAGCAGAAAGCUAGAUGCCUAAGCAGGUCUGCAUUAAAAAUAAUCUUGCUCUUGAAAAGUGACUGAAUGCUAUAAGAAAUAUAUAAAUAAGGGAAAGAACCCAGAGAAUGACUGGAAUCUAUGGGCAGAAGAGGAAGGUCUAGGAAGGUUUUCAUCAAACCAUGUUCAGAGAAGCUAGGAAGAUUUCAAAGCGUGACCUGCAACAGAGAAAUGUUGGAAAAAUCCAGGUUAAAGAAUAUUCCAGAAUGGUGUUAAAAUGGAAGUAGGAAACUUUUUAUUAGGACAAAACUAGUAACUCCCAUGCCAUCUUUGACAGCAUGGCUGAAAGAGAUGCGAGCAGGGAGUUGCUGAUUUGGAGAGAUUUUUAGAUCAGGCACUGCUUGCUGACCGUUUGGUGUCUAGUUCACAGAAACUACCUUGAUGUUGUACAAGACUGACUUUAAUUCUAAAGUGGAAAUGUGCAAGUUGGAAUGAAAUGUUCUAACGCCUUUUAUUAAGAGUUAUACCAGAGAUUUCAUUCCCUUAACCUGCAAGUGAUAAUAUGGAAUACAGCCAGAAAAAUGGUAUAUUGCAUUCAAAGUCCUUCUUUAGAGGAGGGUAGACUCUCUUAGAUUCUUUGCUGGUAGUGACAAUAAGAUAUAAAUGGAACUUGCUUGAGGGUCAUUUGUUUCUCUGAAGCAGGGAUAUCAGAGGCUUCUUGAAGGAGAUGAAAUCACAGAAAACCACAGUUCUGAAAACAUGCAAAGAAGUCUUCACUCCCCCAGACUAUUAUUUAUAGUAACUGUAAACACUGUUUGCUCAACUUUUUUGUUGUGAAACAAGGGAUACCACAUCAUUUGGUAAGUAAUUCUUUACAAAGGCAGAUACUGUUUACAUCUGAAGAGUGCCAGUUUCUUAAAAGCAGAAUUAUGGAGUGUUACAUAGGUAACUGGUACGCCAAAAGGCUUAGGCAGAAAGGUAACACUUCCUGGAGCGUUCUGCUCAAGACCGCUUGUUAUAAUGUGUGAGCAGGCUGACUCAGAGACAUGCAUAUCCCUCUCCUGGUGCAAGUUGUUUCCUGUGGUCUUUGCUUACCUACUGCUAUAUUAAGGACUCAUUGCCAUUAUAAGUACGUGACACAGCUACCAUUAACUACAGUGUAGAAAUACAACAAAACCUGUCAUCUGAACUUACAGGUUCUGCCACAACAGGUCAGUGGAAAAGACAUAUCUAAAAUUCACGCAAGUAAUCUGAGCUUGGAUUUGUGGAUGAAGUAGUUUACAAUGGUUGCCAGUGGAUCUUGCCACAAAGACAUUAAUUGUUUUUGGCUUUAUAGGACAUAGCUUCAGGCUUCCACAAGCCCAAGUGAGACCUUAUCUAUGGAAAGUCACUUUUAAUCCACAAUCCAGGUGGCGUGCUUAGCUGUUUGUCUUGAUAGAAGCAAGAGUAGAUAUCCAUGGAAAUAAGGGGCAAUCACAUUGCAGGCUGAUAUCUCAUGUUUGUCAGAGAAAAGCUGCUGGCCUGUGAUCCUGAAAGAACAUGCUAAACCCAUUACUUAAGUUCAGCACAAUAUUCAUCAGAAACACCUGCUGAAAAUAGCAAAGCUGCAGCACAGCCACAAGCUUUCACAGUGCCUAUGUGCUUGUACCCUCUUUUCUACUGUGGGACUUCCAGACAAAAGCAGGGAGCGGUGUUGCUGUCACUUAUGCUAGAAGGUGCAAAGAAAGUCUUGGGCUCCUCUGUUAAGAGUUAAUCUUUGACAGAUCUUUCUGUUAGAGGUGUGACGUGUAAGAAAAAGUUGGUCAAUCUGUAUUGCUGCCUGCGUUGGGCUUUUUUCUUUUCUUUUCUUUUUCCCCCCAUGCAGCAGAGGUCUCCACGCUCAGGCAAACUAGCAGUGCACAUCUGUUCAACAACUUCUUGGGAGGCCAAAGUGUUUAAGGGUUCCUUUACAAUUGUAACUUUUGUGCAAAGAGCAAGAAGUGCGUAAUUAGCAUGCACAACGUGUUCCAUCUAUUGGAGGUAUUUUAAAGAGCUGGAUCAGCUUUUACCAGAGAUCCUCCCUACACACGCAGAGUAGCCUCCCAUACACAGUAUGUAUGCAUAUAUGAUUACUAACAAACAAAUAACGUUAUCUCCAGAUUGCUACAGUGCUUUCCACGUCAUUGGGCCACGUCUGCUGUUUCUUCAGCCUCUUUUUGAUGUAUUUAUGAUGGAAAAUAAUCAUCAGCUGGACACAUUGUGCUGGCUGAGGAUUUAUUUUGUGUCUUUGCUGAUAUGGACCGACUUGUGACUGGAUCUAGUUCCUGAAAUAGUCUUCUCUACUCUGGAGAACUUGAUUACUAGCCACAUGGGAUAUGAACGUUUGGAUGAUAGGGUUGUAUAGGAACAAUUCUUGCAGAAGCAAGAGUUGCAUAUAAGGCCUUUUGCACGCCUUUAACCCCUGAGCUUGCUGAUUUUCUGCUGUUAGAUCUAAGCAGUACACUGGUAAGGCUGAGAGACUGUUUUCUAUAAGGUGACAGCUAAGCUGACAGAGAAACUGGCUCUGCAUUUCAGCCUUUGGCAGGUUUAACUGGAAAAUCCCUCUAUUAGGUAUAUACCACCCUUCCUUUGUGACGUUAGAGGUAAGUUUCCAAUGUGAUUUAGUAUUUUUUUCCUUCCAGAUCAAUAAUGUAGCACCUGGGUGGGAUUCUCAGCAGCUGAAGCGUGCUGUUUGCUGAAAAGUUUCCAAAUCUAUCCAGAAUAUUUCAGAGACAGGUGAAGCUAGGAAGGAUCCCAACUUUUGCUUUCAGCUGUCCCAGAUGGCUCAGGUGGGUUUGGCUGCAAGGGUUUUGUAUAAACCACUGCAAAGAUAAGAACUGUUUUUAGAGCUCAAACUGAAGUUUAAUCCUCUAUUGUGCUGGAAUCUACCAUGUCUAGAGUCAGUUAAAUUAUAACAGAAUUUCAUAACACUUUUGUGUAAUCCCAUAGUGCAGAUACCCAGAGGAUGAGGGUGCAGUUCUGUUGAAAACACACCACUACUAUAAGAGAAUAUUAUCCAUCUUAGUCCUAACAGGCAGAUCUUCCACCAGUGGGCCCGUGGCAGGUACGGCGUUGGGUGAAACUGAAAUAACCACUGACAUCCAGCAUCUGGUGCAUGUGAGCAGCCUCAGAAAAAGCAUCUGUAAUGGAUUAGUAAAAAGGAGGAUGAGAAUUCUCGCCAAGGUCUGCUGAAGACUAUGUCCAGCCCUGAUGUCAUAAAAGAAGAAACAACGAGGACGAUGAGGGAGUCCCUUAAUGUAAGAAAUACUUGCGAUGACUGACAAUUCGUCCUUUCAGUAGUCCCGGUAAGCACCACAGAGCCUCUCUGACUACACUGUUGGCAAAGACCCACCAGGAGAGAAGACAAGUCAAAGGCAUGCCAGCUUUUCCAUGAUGCCUGGCCGGUAACAUCAGCCAUGACCUGGAGGGACAGGGACAAGAGGUAGUUUGAUCCUCUUAGCGAGGGCAGUCCGGAGCUCUGCCUGUUGAGGAGAGACCUCCAGAGGUGUUGAAUGAUGAGUACGAUAAUGUCAACUCCUGCUGCUCUGUGGUGAGCUGUGACGCCAAACUCAAAUCACUUUAUACGUGCAGCUGGACUUAACCCACGGUUCUGGUCUUAGAAGGAAAUGCUGUCUCUCCUGUAUGGUCAUCCCUCAACUCUGAACGUCUUCUGUUGAAAAAUCGACCUUCCACUCUAGGCGGAGAGGAUCAAAUGGGUUGAGAGCAACUGGCCCUUCUUUUUUGCGGAGGAUCCUUUGAUGUAUUUUUAAGUGCCAGGACACGAAACAGUAAAUCCCUCCUUCCCGCACUCCUAUCUUCUGAAAACAGCCCCGACUGCUAUCCAAGCCAGCCAGUUAAAGGGUUAACUAUAACUGGAUGCCUGAAUGGCUGCCUUACUGAUCCCGCGGAGG